AGCGCAAGAUCCCAGUGGAAACAGCAGCUGGGAGGGCUCUUCCUGCCUAGGGGAGGCUCCUCAGGAGUUUGUGGGAUUUACCAAUCUCUCCCUGUCCCUUACCGAGGGCCAUGUGCAGUGGCAAGCUGCAGACAGGUUUGCUGGUGGGCAGCUACUUCGUCUACUUGCUGGUGGGUGCAGCUGUGUUCCAGGCACUGGAGAGGACUGCUGAAAAGCAGCAGAAAAUGGCAGCUGCUCAGAUGAAGGAGGCUUUUCUGCAGAAUUUCACUCACCUCACAGUGGCAGAGAUGGAGCAGUUUAUGAAGAACCUGACUGAAGCAAUUCAGAACGGAGUUUACCCUAUUGGAAAUGAAUCACAGACUGAAAACAGCAACUGGGAUUUCAGUAACUCCUUCUUCUUUGCAGGCACAGUGGUCUCCACAAUAGGUUAUGGCACGCUACGUCCUAAAACUGUUGGGGGCCAGAUCUUCUGUGUCUUUUUUGCUCUCUUUGGAAUCCCUCUGAAUAUUGUUUUUCUGCACCGUGUUGGUAAGAUCCUCUCACUGCUGUGUAAAAAGCUGGGGAAAUUCCUGUACGAAAAAGGAAUGAGAAAGAAGAAGAUCAAAUUUCUGACCCUUCUGUUCUUCCUUGUGACUGGGAUCCUAGUGUUCCUGUGUUUGCCAUCACUGUUCUUCCAGAUCACAGAGGGUUGGUCCUACAGUGAAGGAAUUUACUUUGCAUUUAUCACCCUCAGCACCAUUGGCUUUGGAGAUUACGUAGUAGGUAAACAACCUGGCAGGAUUUAUUUUUCCUACUACCGAACAAUUGUGGCCAUUUGGAUUCUUUUUGGACUUGCCUGGAUUGCUCUCCUAUUUAAUUUAUUGACAACGGUUCUAGAAGAUACUGAGAAAAUAAUUGUCAAGGAUCUUCAUCAAAUUGGAAAGGUGGGUGAGGAUAAUGCAGCAAGCCAACCAAGAGGGUGCUGGCCUGUUCAGUUUAUUCCAGAAGAAGAACUGAUAGCAUCUCAUGCUGAAGGGGAUGCCCAGAAAAUGGAGUCAUUAGCAGCAGAGGGUGCACACGAAAAUGGAGUUAGUAGCAGCAGGUCCUGAACAAACAAAAAAUGAAAAAGUGUUUUCUGAUAGCCAAAAAUACUGGCCAUAUGCUUUAGCACGGACAUUUAAUUCUUCAUUGGAAAUUUGCUAGUGCAUUAUUCUAAAGAAAUUCCCAUGGAAAUUAAAUUUAUCCCACCUUUUGCUGAAGUACGGCCAUUUAGAGCUCAAGACUUUCAGUUACACAGAAACACAACAUUAAUGAUAUGAAAUUUGCUCUACAGUUUGCAGCCAUCUUGUGCUAAAACAUUACAAGUGCACCCAUUUUGUGAGGCUUUUUUAAGAUGCUUCCAUGAAAAUGCAAAGGAGGGGUGUGGUAGAGCUUGCUUACUGUAUUUGGAUUUUGCUGCUUGUAAAAAAAAAUAUCACAUCUCUUCUUGGAGCUGACAUGUACAAGCUUUUCUGAGUUUCUGAGUAAUACCAGCACCUUUGGAAGAAGAAGAAAUAAGGGCAUAUAACAUGCCUUGAUUUCAGACAUCACAUAGGAUGAACUGGCAUGAUCUGAAAGCUGUGUUUGAAGGACAAGACCUGGGCUCAGUGCAGAGAUGGAUGAGCAAGGUUAGAAAAAGGAUACCUGUAUUAUGAUUAAUGAUUAAUUCUACAUAUUCCUGAUUUACACUAAGAUAAAUAAAAGCAACUUCACUUCUUA